AUGGCGUCCACGAGUACUCAGAUUGUCUCUUCAUCUUCUUCUUCAACACCUCCACAGAGAUAUGAUGUUUUCCUAAGUUUCUACGGGAAAGACACUCGCAACAGUUUUACGGAUCAUUUAUAUGCUGCUUUGAUUCAGAAAGGCAUUCGCGUGUUUAGAGAUGAUGAAAAGCUCGAGCGAGGAAAAUAUGUUUGUGAAGAGCUCUUAAAAGCAAUACAAGAAUCUAUGUACGCUAUUCUUGUUAUCUCUCCAAACUAUGCUUUCUCUAGAUGGUGCCUCAUUGAACUUUCCAAGAUUGUCGAAUGCAUGAGAGGUACAGGCAGAAUUUUGCCCAUUUUCUAUCAUGUGGAUCCAUCUCACGUACGAAACCAGACAGGAACUUUUGCAGAAGCUUUUGGUAGGCAUGAAAAAGAACCCAAGGUUGAUAUUCAUAUGAUGCAAAAGUGGAGAGCUGCUUUGAGAGAAGUGGGCAAUAUCACCGGAUGGCAUCUACAUGAUAGGCAGGAAUCAAUCGUUGUCAAAGAAAUUAGUACAAGGAUACUUUGUGGAUUGACUUGUAACUUCUCAAUUGUUUCCAAUGGUUAUGUUGGAAUAGAAUCCCGUGUGAAGGAAAUUAUGACCUUACUUAGCAUAGGAUUGGAUGACGUUCGCUUUUUAGGGAUUUGUGGGAUGGGAGGAAUUGGGAAGACAACUCUGUCAAAAGCCAUUUAUGAAAGAGUUUCUCAUCAAUUUGAAGCUAGUUGCUUUAUUGUAGCUGGUAUCAGAGAAGAAACUAGAUCUCAUAGUCUACUUGAUCUACAAAAACAACUUAUUUCUAAGAUCCUAAUGGAAAGAGAAAUAAAUAUAUGGAAUGAGUAUGAGGCAAGGAUUGUGAUAAUGAACAGACUACGUACUAAAAAGGUUCUUCUUGUUCUUGACGAUGUGGAUGGAGAAAAACAACUAAAAGCAUUAGCAGAGAGCCAUGAUUGGUUUGGUCAAGGGAGUAGAAUCAUUAUAACAAGCAGAGAUCAUCAUUUGCUAAACAGAUUUGUGGAUAUUACAUAUGAUGUUAAAGUGCUGAAUGAUGCUGAAGCUUUACAACUCUUUAGUUUGAAAGCCUUCAAGAAACCCCGUCUUGAAGAAAAUUAUGCGCAAUUGUCUAAGGAUAUUGUGAAUUACGCUCAAGGUCUUCCUUUAGCUCUUGAAGUUUUUGGUUCCCUCUUAUUUGGUAAAACAAUGGAUGAAUGGAAGAGUGCCAAGGAUCUACUAAAAGAAAAUCCCUAUGCAGAAAUUUUGGAUAAACUUAAAAUAAGUUACGAUGGAUUGGAGGAUUUGCAGAAAAAAUUGUUUUUAGAUAUUGCAUGUUUCUUCAAUGGAGCAUAUAUACAUGGCAUCAUAUACAAACUAGAAAGUUUUGGUUACUAUCCAGACUUCAAUAUGAGAGUUCUUGUGGACAAAUCUCUUAUAACUAUGUUAGGGGGAAGAUUGCAGAUGCACGAUUUGUUACAAAAAAUGGGUCAAAAAAUAGUUCGUUGUGACUCUACUGAGGAGCCUGGCGAACGCAGUAGAUUGUGGUGUAACGAGGAUGUCAUUCAUGUAUUGAAAAAUAGUACUGGAACUGAUGCGGUUAGAGGCAUUGUCCUAAAAUUGCCUCUACAGAAACAAGAGCGACUAAAUGUUGAAGCAUUCUCAAAGAUGAAAAAAUUGAAAAUGCUUCAAAUUAAUGACGAUAAUCUUUUACCAUGGCUUUGUGGAGCUCGUGAUGAUUUACACACUAAUUUGGAAUGGCAUGGAGAUCAUUCGAAUACCAUGCUAAGCAAUGAGUUAUGCAUUAUGGAAUGGUUGGGAUAUCCUUUUGAAUCAUUGCCGAUCAAUUUCCAAUCAGACAAUCUUGUUGAGCUCAUAAUGUGUGGCAGCUACAUCAAGCAACUGUGGGUUGGAAGGAAUAGUUUUGAGAAAUUGAGACACAUUGACCUAAGAAAUUCUGAAAACUUGAUGGAGACACCAGAUUUGAGUGGAGUCCCAAAUCUUGAGAAACUAGAGCUUUUAUGUUGUACAAAUUUGUCCAAGGUCCACCCAUCCAUUGGAUUUCUAAGACGGCUUAAAUGGUUGGAUCUACAUGGUUGCAAAAAUCUUAUGAGACUUCCAGAUGAGAUCUACUCAGAAACUCUUGAAGAUCUAAAUCUUUCUGGUUGUUCAAGACUAAACAAAAUUCCAGAUAGUGUGGGUAACCUGACAUCUUUGCGAUAUCUUUCUUUGGACGGGACUGCCAUAAAAAAGUUACCACUAUCAUUUAAGAGGUUGUCGUCUCUUGAAAGUCUCAAUAUAUCUAAUUGCUCAAGACUAGAGAAAAUCCCAAAGAACCUGUUGAGUGGCAUGGAAUGUCUAAAGGGACUUUAUUUGGCUUCAAGUAUUGCCGAAGCUUCCAUUGGGAUUAAGAGAGUUGAGUGUUACAAAUUGUCCAUCGCUGGAGUUGUUUUAUAA